CCCAGGGGAAGUGGGGUGCCUGAGGACUGGGGUGCACAGAGGAUCAAGGCCCCCGAGCGGGGUGUCCCCGUCCCCCCUGGAGCGGGGCCGGUUCUGUGCUGCCCCUCGGCCCCACGACAGCCCAGGCUGGGGUGCCACCGCUGCACCAGGGACACCCCCAAACCGCUUCCACGGCCAGGGGCUCCCCAGCACCCCCCCAGCCCUGCAGCCUCUUCCCCCGGCUCGCAGCACAGGGGUGCAGGUCCCCAACCCGUGGCGGGGUUCAUGCCGCCACCGGCGCUCGGUUGUUUACUUCCUCGGCUGGUACCGAAUAAAUGAGCGAAUCUGGGUUAUGGCAUGAAAUAAUUGUCACCAAAAAAGGGCCUGGAGACACGGCGGCUCCCUCGAGCGGAACGGGACGGGCGCCAGCAGCGGGGGACGGGGGACCGCUGGGGUGACAUGGGAGCACGUCCGGCGUCACCGGGAGAUCCACGUGGUGAUGGGCAACGAGGCCUGUGACCUGGACUCCACCGUCUCGGCCCUGGCCCUGGCGUAUUUCCUGGCGAAGACCUCCCCGGCUCCCCAAGCCGCCUUCAUCCCGGUGCUGAACAUCCCUCGCGCCGACUUCGCCCUCCGGUCAGAGACGACGUUCCUGCUGCGGGAGCAGGGCAUCCCCACCGCCCCCCUCAUCUUUCGGGAUGAGAUCGACCUGGGGGGGCUGCACCGCGCCGGGCUGCUCUCCCUGACGCUAGUCGAUCACCACGUCCUGCCCGGCGCUGACGCCGCCCUGGAAGAGGCCGUGGUGGAGGUCCUCGAUCACCGGCCGUUGGAACGGGACCGAGCCCCCGGCUGCCAGGUGACAGCAGAGCCGGUGGGCUCCUGCGCCACGCUGGUGACGGAACGGAUCGCCCAAGGUCCCCCGGGCGUGCUGGACAGACCCACGGCCGCGCUGCUGCACGGCACCAUCUUGCUGGACUGUGUGAACCUGAGCCCGGCCGCCGGCAAGGUGACGCCCCGCGACGUGGCGUGCGUCUCCCUGCUCGAGGCGAGGUUCCCCGAGCUCCCGCCCCGCGACACCGUCUUCGAGGCCCUGCAAGCGGCCAAGUUUGACGUCUCAGGGCUGACGACGGAGCAGAUGCUGCGGAAGGACCUCAAAGUCCUCUCCGGCGAUGAGCUGCUCCUCGCCGUCAGCGCCAUCUACGUGGACCUGGAGACCUUCCUGCGCUGGCCCGGCUUGCUGCAGGACCUGGAUGCUUUCUGCCAGGCUCGGGGCUACGCGGGGCUGGUGGCCAUGACGAUCUCUUUUAACGAGCGCAACGAGCCCUCCCGGCAGCUCGCGGUCUACAGCCGGCGCGAGACCCUCCGCAGCGCGGUGUGCCGGGCGCUGGAGGAGGCGACGACACCGGCCCUGCAGCUCCAGCCCCUGCCGAGCCCCUGGCCCUGCCUGGGCGCCUACACCCAGGGCGACGUUUCAGCGUCACGGAAGAAGGUGCUGCCCAUCCUACGGGCAGCCCUGGGGGGGCCGGGCGCUGCCGGGGGGCCGGAGGAGGAGGUGGUCCCGCCACCCACCCCGAUGAACAGCCUGGUGGAGGACUGUCCGCUGGCACAGGCCGUGCCCCCCCUCUGCCCCCAGGAUGUCCUGGAGCGGGUCAGCCGCAUCGCCGCCGGGCAGCCCCCCGCCUCCCCAAAAUAAGAGCGGGCACCCGGCGGCUUUUUGGGGGGGGGGGGGGGGCCGUACAAGGAGGUGGGGUCCCCGGGCAGGUCUCGGUGGGGUGCCCGGGCGCGGGGGGGUUGCAUUAGAGCUCGGCUCCCUGGCGGGGAUGGGUCCUCGCUGCGAUUUGCUCCCACCAGCGAGAGGCUCCCCCCGUCCCAAGGGCGCUGCUGGGGUUUGGUCCCCCAGGGUGGGUUUUCGGGGACCCCGUGGGCCAGGGCAGCACUUGCACCCACUUAACGAAGGCGCUGGGAGAGUUAAUGAGUUUUUGCCAUUCUUCCUCCCCUGGGGGGGGUUCGGGGGGGCCACAGAUGGCAGGUCCAGAUGCGCACCAGCCCAGGACUGUCACCCAUGUACUCCGAGAAUUAAAUUUCCCUUUUCUUCCA